AAACCUUGUUUGCACAGAGCAUUGCCUUUCUGCAUCGAUUGCCGAAUUAAUAGAGGGGCAUGGCGCAUAAAAAGAAGGGAUCCAAGAAGGGCAGUUCUGCAGCGAAUGGGCCAAGCAGACCACAGACUGCUGCGGCACAAACCAACGGAGAACCGCAUUCGUACAAGGAAGCUGUCACAACCAAUCUAGACAUCAACGCCACAGAAGAAGCAAAUGGGCACAACAUAUCGGAAGACACCAGCCCACAGACCUCUCCCAGGACUGACGGCUCUACAGACAAGGAUGGCUCCGCUGACAAGGAAGCGACCAAGCCCAACGGCAAGCCUGCCGAGCCGGAAAAGCCAAAGCCAGCGCAGCCGCAGACCGGGGAGCAUGCUGCCCAGGACGCACGCAAGGCACUGGAGGACACUGUCGAGAACUUGCGGGGGGACCUGCGGGCAGAGAAGGGCAGGCGGGAGCAUGCGGAGGAGCAGGUGUUGGUAUGGAAGGCCACGUCAGCCGCGCUGGGCCUCAGCACGCUCGGCUGCGCUACGCUUGCACUCGUCGCGCUCAUGCGCUGCCGGAGCUGAGCUGGCACCUCCCAACGCUGAGGUGGCGGUGAGGUGGCGCUGCAGAGGAGGCUAGCUGGUGCUGCCUGAACUGAGGUGGCAUCGCUGGACGCUGCGUCAAGCGCUGAUACUCACUAGGCGCUGGAGGGUCUGCCGCAGCAACAGCCGGUGUGCGCAGCGCUUGGAGUGGAUCAUGCUGGCGUGGGGCUUGAUGCGGAGC